CUAUAGAACAGAGAACACAUCCAGGAACACAACUGAGAGUGACAGCACCACACCGACAUACGGACUUUUUCUCUCUGGAUUUUAAUCUUCUGUUUUCUUGUACAUGGAUUCUGGUGCCUGGAACAUGGCACUUCUCUCAGACAAGGGUCAUUCCGGGAUUGAACUCCUAGACCUGCUCCUCGAGCCCCAUAAGGUCUCUCAUAUGGAGAGCAAUGGUAACCUCCCUGCGUGGUCAAUCACAGAUCAAAGCAGUCAGUGUCAUGGUGAAGGUGGUGUUGAUGACUUCCUGGACUCUCUGCUGUCAGAGCCCUGCUCUCCUCUCUGGGUCCCUUCACCCUGUGACAGUGGAAUCAGUGACGACACCCCGUCAGACCACCUGGACAGCCCCCCACCACCCCCCACCAGCCCGCUCUUCGACUCCAUCUUCCUCCCUCCGCAUCCUCAUCUUCUUCCUCAGCCGUCCGCUCACGGCACAAACACAGAGCCGGAUAUCUCCAUUGAUCUGGCAGAUUGGGAGUCCAGUCUGUUCACUGACGGUCUGACAGACUCUCACUGCACGAGAACUCAACCAACCCCUGUUUACCAGCUCACUGUGAAAGAUCUGCUGCUCUCCAACAUCGGAGAAUCGACAAAACCCUCCGACCAGCAAUCCCAGCAAGAACUGAUGCUCAAUGAAGAUGAGAAGAAACUUUUAGCCAAGGAAGGAGUCAAUCUUCCCAGCCAACUGCCUCUAAACAAGUACGAAGAAAAGAUUCUGAAGAAGAUUCGAAGGAAAAUCCGGAACAAGCAGUCGGCACAGGAGAGCCGCAAGAAAAAGAAAGAAUAUAUAGAUGGACUGGAGGGCAGGUAA